ACAGGCAUAAUAUAACUAAAAAAAUUUCAUGUGUAAAAAUAAAAAAUGAUUCUAAAGCAAGAGACAGAAAAACCAGCAAGUUAGGGCCAAUCCACCAGUAAAAUCAACUGCAGCCUUCCACUAAUAGCAAACUUGAUUUUGCGCAGUCCAUUGAUGACCCUAUCAAUGGUAGCUGCAGAUUUGAAGACAAUCUUAGACAAGGUACUCCUUGGAGAAGGUCACAAACACUGUCAUGUUUUCUGGGGGCCCCAGGAAGCACCAUACGAGGUUCUGGGGUACCCCAAAUCUGUGGCUGUUGCUGUUGCUGUUCAGGCUGCCCCACCACCACCUGGGGAAGAAAAACAGACUGCUAUAAAGGAUUUGGCAUCAUUUUCUGUCUAUCAGCUAAUAAGCAGCAGCAUGUUGGUAGUUGUUGAAGCUGCUGAUAAUGUUCAGACAGGUGACAACCUCAUUGGCUACCGUCUUCAUCCUUUUCAAGUCAGAACUAGCCACCUUCUUUACCAAGCUUUAACUGCAACAGAAGUCCUUUAGAUAUAAAACCCUGCAGGUGCUUCUUUUCUCUUUUUCUUUCUUUCUUUCUUUCUUUUUUUUUUCUUUUCUGGUAAGCAUAUGCUUCCUUUUUCUAAACAUUUCUAUAUCUUGAUAUUUCCUCUUGGUUCUGUUUCCCUUCCUUAAUAUGUCCAGAAUGUGCAUAUAGAUGGCUAUUUUACUUAGUUAUGGGCUGCAAUCCCUGGCUGGCACAGGGAGGCAGUGGUGCCUUGAUCAUGAUUGAAAGUCAGUAAUGUGAUGCUCAAAAGACAGGCUCUCUGCAUGAAGAUCAUGGGCAUUAUAAGUUCUCUCUUUCCACUCAUAUACACCCUCAUAUUUCACAUCCUCUCCAAUAGAGAUUCUCAGAUAUU